AAAAUGAGUCAGUUGUCUUUGUGCGAUUUUGGACGUCUCAAGCUAAUCAAGGAUAUAGAAGAGAGGUAUGAAUAUCUUUGUAUACUGGACAAGAGGGCUCCGAGGGCUCUUUAGAUGGAAGAUUUGCAUUAUCAAGAAGCACAGUGCAUAAAAUUUAUUGUUUUCAAAUCAGUGCAGUUGUGGAGAAAGCAAGACAUUGAUCAAGGGCGUUUGUAUCUCCCUUCAUUGUAUGACUUUUCCUGGCUCUCGUUGAACAGGCAGUAGACUUGGUCAACAUGCCUUCUAGUCUACACGUGAACUUCCUUACCAUUUUCUUUGUCAUUUCUCCGUGGCUUGCUAGUGGUCAAUUCAAUGUUCCUGACAGACCUUAUAUUAAUGCACUGCCCACUGGCUUUUUGUCUAACUUUGACGGAUGGGGCAAGUAUGAGUGGCUGCCAAAGAACAGCUCAUGUGUACCGUCUUGUGGAUAUGGCCGUACCAUCAAGGCUACUUAUGCGUGUUGGGCCACAACAAAUGGAGGCGACACAAUACAUGUAAUAGACAGUUGGUGUCUUGACAAUGGCAUUGGAGACAGACCUCCUGCAGUAGAAAUACCUUGUGGAAGAAAGAUGGAUGAAGAUUGUGACUGUUUAGAAGGAAGUCCAACGUUGGUAUUUACACAUUUUGCAGAGUGUGUGCAACCAUGUGGUGGCAAACUAGAACGAAGUGCCAAAUGUAUCAACUACGACUUUUUCUGUGAACAAGAAGGUUCAGAUCAGGCUAUUACAAACUGUGCUCGAAUUAUUGAUACAGAAGAAGAUUGUGGACAGGAUCUGGUUGCUACUUGUAGUACUUAUUCAUGGGUUGGUACUGGUAGAAUCGCACGAAAUGCAACCUGUGGUCCCAUUGAAUUAAGAGAAGACAUGGCAUGUCAGGUGCUCAUCUUUCUGAGACAAGGACAGAACACUUUUCUGGUGCCAGAUAUAGAGUGUUUUGCAUUUGGACCACUAAGUCGAGAGUCAAAGGAAGCAGCCAGUGUCAGGUACAGAUCAGAAGCAUGUAACUAUAUGCCAGGAGAAUGGAGUGCCUGUGAUGCCACAUGUGGGGCAGGUACACAGACAAGAACAAAGAAAUGCUUGCAAAGGGGAAGGCGUGAAAUAGAUUUAAUACAAUGUAGUUACAUUCCUGGUAUUAUCGAUCCUCCUACUACUACAAGCUGUAGUGUUAGCUGUAAAUACGUGCCUACAGAAUGGAGUGCAUGCAGUGCUACUUGUGGUGAUGGUACAAGAGAAAGACGCAGAAGUUGUGUGCAGACCAUAGAUAGUGUUGAAAGAACAGUAGAUUUUAACGAGUGUGUUAAAGAUGCAAGCAUAGUCAUUCAGCCAGAACAGGAGACUGAACUUUGCAGAUUGAGAGAUUGUGAAUGUGAAGUACCAUAUUAUGUUCCAGAAGAUUAUGGUGCAUGUUCAGCCACGUGUGAAGGCACACAGACACGAUCUAUCAGAUGUGAAUGUCCUGUUGAAGGUGUAGUACAACAAGAAGAGAUGAGUGUUUGCAGGAGGCUCAUUAGUGGGGCAGCUCCAGAAACAGUGAGACGAUGCAAUGAUAUUCCAUGUCCCACGUAUCAAUACAGAGUUGGGGCGUGGGGACAGUGUGACUCAGUAUGUGGGACAGGGAACCGUAGUCGUCAAGUCGAGUGUGUUAAGACGCAAGGAAGUGUUGUGAGCAUUGUCUCUUUACAAGAAUGUACUGAUAAUGGUCUUAGUGAGCCAUCAUUUUCUGUUGAAAGCUGCAGUGUUAGCUGCCAGUAUGUGGCUACAGAAUGGAGUACAUGCAGUGCUACUUGUGGUAAUGGUACAAGAGAAAGACGCAGAAGUUGUGUGCAGACCAUGGAUAGUGUUGAAAGAACAGUUGAUUUUAACGAGUGUGUUAAAGAUGCAAGUGUAGUCAUUCAGCCAGAACAGGAGACUGAACUUUGCAGAUUGAGAGAGUGUGAAUGUGAAGUACCAUAUUAUGUUCCAGAAGGUUAUGAUGCAUGUUCAGCUACCUGUGAAGGCACACAGUCACGAUCUAUCAGAUGUGAAUGUCCUGUUGAAGGUGUAGUACGACAAGAAGAGAUGAAUGUUUGCAGGAGGCUCAUUAGUGGGGCAGCUCCAGAAACAGUGAGACGAUGCAAUGAUAUUCCAUGUCCCACGUAUCAAUACAGAGUUGGGGCGUGGGGACAGUGUGACUCAGUAUGUGGGACAGGGAACCGUAGCCGUCAAGUCGAGUGUGUUAAGACACAAGGAAGUGUUGUGAGCAUAGUGUCUUUACAAGAAUGUACUGAUAAUGGUCUUAGUGAGCCAUCAUUUUCUGUUGAAAGCUGCAGUGUUAGCUGUAAAUAUGUGGCUACAGAAUGGAGUAUAUGCAGUGCUACUUGUGGUAAUGGUACACGAGAAAGACGCAGAAGUUGUGUGCAGACCAUAGAUAGUGUUGAAAGAACAGUUGAUUUUAACGAGUGUGUUAAAGAUGCAAGCGUAGUCAUUCAGCCAGAUCAAGAAAUUGAAAGGUGCAGAUUGAGAGAUUGUGAAUGUGAAGUACCAUAUUAUGUUCCGGAGGAUUAUGGCACAUGUUCAGCCACUUGUGAAGGCACACAGACACGAUCUAUCAGAUGUGAAUGUCCUGUUGAAGGUGUUGUACAACAAGAAGAGAUGAAUGUUUGCAGGAGGCUCAUUAAUGGGGCAACUCCAGAAACAGUAAGACCAUGCAAUGAUAUUCCAUGUCCAAUGUAUCAAUACAGAGUUGGUGCGUGGGGACAAUGUGACUCAGUAUGUGGGACAGGGAAUCAUAGCCGUCAAGUUGAGUGUGUUAAGACACGAGGAAGUGUUGUGAGCAUUGUGUCUUUACAAGAAUGUACUGAUAAUGGUCUAAGUAAGCCACCAAUUUCUGUUGAAAGCUGCACUGUUAGCUGCCAAUAUGUGACUACAGAAUGGAGUACAUGCAGUGCUACUUGUGGUGAUGGUACAAGAGAACGACGCAGAAGUUGUGUGCAGACCAUAGAUAGUGUUGAAAGAACAGUAGAUUUUAACGAGUGUGCUAAAGAUGUAAGCGUAGUCAUUCAGCCAGAACAGGAGACUGAACUUUGCAGAUUGAGAGAGUGUGAAUGUGAAGUACCAUAUUAUGUUCCAGAAGAUUAUGGUGCAUGUUCAGCCACUUGUGAAGGCACACAGACACGAUCUAUCAGAUGUGAAUGUCCUGUUGAAGGUAGCAUACAACAAGAAGAGAUGAGUGUUUGCAGGAGGCUCAUUAGUGGAGCAGCUCCAGAAACAGUGAGACGAUGCAAUGAUAUUCCAUGUCCCACGUAUCAAUACAGAGUUGGGGCGUGGGGACAGUGUGACUCAGUAUGUGGGACAGGGAAUCGUAGUCGUCAAGUCGAGUGUGUUAAGACACAAGGAAGUGUUGUGAGCAUUGUCUCUUUGCAAGAAUGUACUGAUAAUGGUCUAAGUGAGCCACCAAUUUCUGUUGAAAGUUGCAGUGUUAGCUGCCAGUAUGUGGCUACAGAAUGGAGUACAUGCAGUGCAACUUGUGGUGAUGGAAUGAGACAAAGAAAGAGACGUUGUAUCCAGACAAUAGACGGUGUUCAAACACGAGUUGAGUUUGAGGAAUGUGUUAAAGACUCGAGUGUAGUUGUUCGGCCACAAGAAGAGACUGAAAGUUGCAGAAUAAAAGAUUGUGUAUGUGAAGAGCCCUACUAUGUUGCUGAGGAUUUUGGUCCCUGUUCAGCAACAUGUGAAGGUACGCAGACUCGUAAUAUCAGAUGUGACUGUCGUGUUGAAGGUGUUGUGCGACAAGAAGACAUUAGCAUAUGUCAGGCAUUGACUACUGGUCCUGUUCCAGCAACAGAGAGACCAUGCAACGAUAUUCCAUGUCCAACUUACCAUUAUAGAGUUGGGAGUUGGGGAGAUUGUGACUCAACUUGUGGUGCUGGCCAGCGCCGCCGUCCAGUUCAGUGCAUUAAGACACAAGGAGCUGUUGUUACUGUUGUACCUCUGCAAGAGUGUAUUGAUAAUGGUGCAGGUCCACCAGCAGUUGAUGUUGAAAGCUGUAACAGCAGGUGCAGAUAUCAAGUCUUUCCAUAUCAAGAGUGUUCAGUUACAUGUGGAGGAGGAAUCCAAACAAGAGACGUUUUUUGUAUUAGAACAUCUGAUUUUGGAAGAGAGAAUGUGGCUUUGGCAGAAUGUGCUAAUGAUCCAACUAAUACCGAAGCUUUACCAGAAACUGAACAAGCUUGUAAUGAGCAGGAAUGUCCAUGCUUGAAUCCUCGGUGGCAGCCCAGCGUGUGGUCAGACUGUUCUCUAUCGUGUGGAAAUGGAACACGAACCAGAACUGUAGAGUGUCGCUGUUUUAUUAGUGGACGGGACACGGUCGCCCCAGAUGAGAAAUGCGAAGGCCGAAGGCGUCCUCAUCUGAGAGAGAACUGUUACACACGUUGUCCUUGUGUUGAUCCUCAAUAUGUGGCUCUCCCAUUUGGUCCAUGUGACAAGACAUGCGGUAGUGAUGCAUUUAGAAAACGAGACUUGGAAUGUCAUUGUCAGAGGGGAGAAGAAGAGGCAGUCGAGGACAUAGAACUGUGUGACAACAGAAUUCCAGAACAGAAGCCCGCUGUAAUUGAACCUUGCGAACUUGGUGAAUGUCCAUGCACUAAUGAUACCAUCAGAUAUCUCUACACCAGGUGGGGUGAUUGUGACAGAGAAUGUGAAGGUACAAGGAGACGAAAGGUCCAAUGUCGCUGUGAAAAAGAAAAUGUAGACAAGUGGGUUGAUGACGAGAUUUGUGUGCGAUACCUUGGUCAAGCUCCAGUUACCAGUGAACAGUGUGAACUUCCGUGUGUGGCAGAGUGGAGGACAGUGACAGGCUGGACCGCUUGUUCAAAGUCAUGUGGCCAAGGAACCAAGACAAGGGUAGUUGUGUGUGAGGUAUUUGCCAAUGGCAGACUGGUUGAUCGGGGUAAUGAUUCACAAUGCAUUGGUGCCGACAAACCCAUUGAAAGUAUGGAGUGUACGGGUGCAGUAGCUGAAGACAAGGCUGUAUGGAUCACCUCAGGAUGGACCACUUGUUCCAAUACGUGUGGAGUUGGAGUGAAACAUCGCCAAGUAAAGUGUGUAGACAAAUGCACUGGACGGCAAAGGGGUCGACGACGCUGUCUCUCAUUCACAAAGCCCUAUCACAAAGGGGGAUGCAAUUUAAUCCCAUGUGAAUAUGACAACUGUGUAGACAAACGAGAUGGACUUAACUGUGACAUGGUAGUACGUUUCAAUAUGUGUGAAGACAUCAAGCAUCACCGGGAUUGCUGCCAAUCGUGUCGUCAUGUUUUGCUGGGCAAACGUUAGAUCAGCUCAUAAAAACAGGACCGUGAUAUACUGAUGAUGUGGUUUUUGCUUUUUUCCUUUUGUGUUGAUUUGCUUUCUUGUAGAUGUUAGUUUGAUUCCAUGUGAGUACCAGUUAAAUUGUCUGAUACUUGA